CACCUAAAAAAAAAAAAAAGCACUCAGAAAAUAAGGGGAAAAACAAUAAAACCCUCCCCUUUUAUUUCUCGGAGGCCACAAAAGGGUUUAAGGAGCGUUCAUCUCCCCAAAAUUCUGCCCCAAAUUCUCUGAUCUCCUCUCUCCUCCUACAUCGCCAUGGAAGACCCUUUAAGGGUUCGAGUGGCCUUCGACGAUCGCAAGAUGCUGACGAAGUCUCAGAGAUCAGAGGGCCUGAAGCACUGCUGGAUUCUCCUGAGGCCGGACAUUGCCACUAUUUCCGACCUCGCUUUGCACGUGCACAGGAGCUUCAAUCUCCAGCGAUCUUGCCCUAAUGGCCUCCUCCUCUCUAUGGAUGGUUUCGUUUUACCACCUUUUGAGUCAACAUGUGUUUUGAAGGACAAGGACACCAUUAGGGUAAGAAAGAAGGUUGCUACACAGAUGAGUUUGAUAGAGCUUGGCGAUGAUCCAUGUAGCAUGCGGUGUUCUGGAAGUCUGAAGAAGCAACAUAUAGUGUCUGGUGGUGAUUUUCUGGCGAUCAGGGAAUUUGGGGAGUGUUCAGAUUGUAAAAUGAAAUAUCAUGAAGAUUUUUGUGCACAUACUGAGAAUGUUGUCAGCACAGGAACUCCCCCAAAAUCAAAGAAAAAAAGGAAACAUUCAGAUGGAAUUCAGAGCCCAAAGAGAAAGAAAUUAAGAACCAGCUCCCAGAAGCCAAAUAUUACUGGUAAUGUAGUGGAAGAUGCUGCUGAAGCAGAUGAAGAUACCCAUUUAGGAAAGAGCCUAGAGUCUUCAAAGAAAAGAUGCAGUUCCAAGAAAAGAUCAAAAAAGAAGCAGAAGCCAUCCACUGCCAAUGGAAGUAUUGCAUCUCAGCUGGAGGAUAAAGUUGAGCAAUUGACUAGCUCUAACCAAAAAAGGAAGAGGACCAAUUCUGUCCUAAAGCGUUACGGAAGGAAAUUUAGACCAAAUCAUCGUUGA